AUGAUCAGUAGCGCCCAGGUUCCAUCUGAAGCGCAAGGAGCUCAUCAGGUGGAAUCGCCUCUCGAGGAGGAGAAGAAGGUGCAGCAGCAGAAGCAGCGGUACGCCUUCCACACCAGGAGUCAUGUGGACAUACUCGACGAUGGCUAUCGCUGGAGGAAGUACGGCCAGAAGGCAGUGAAGAAUAACAAGUUCCCAAGAAGCUACUACCGGUGCACACAUCAAGGCUGCAAUGUGAAGAAGCAAGUGCAGCGGCUAUCCAAAGACGAAGGCAUUGUGGAGACGACUUACGAGGGAGUCCACAACCAUACCACGGAGAAACCAAUCGACAGCUUCGGGCAUGUGCUAGAGCAGAUGCAGAUCUAUUCUUAA